AUGCCGCUGCCCGCCGCGCGCCUCCGUGCGUCGUCGCCCCUCAUCCUCGCUGUGAUCCUACUCAUCUCCAGUCUGUUGGGCAGCUGCUGCUGCCGCUCGCACGCCGCGGCCCCGCGCCGCCUCUUGGCCGGCUUCCGGCCGGCGACGACUGACGCCUCCGGCACCGGUCGCUGUAAGAUAUGGCAAUGCCGCCCUUCAUUGAUGCCCGCCUACCCGGUGAAAUGGAGUCCACGUAGUGUUGCGCCUCCUAAAGCGCCAGGCAUCUUUGCUCAACAAUCGAGCGGUGAAGAUCAAUUCGCCGAUGCUGCAUACCCGGUGAAGUGGAGCAAACGUAGUGAUGCGCCUACUCCGCCGACUACCUUAGCUCUUGAUCCUGACCUGGCUAAUCCUGCAGGCCAGAGCAGCGGCAUACAUGUCCGGCUCGGGAUGCUCUUCUUGAUGAGGAGUCUGUUUCCUGGCGCCGUCUUGCCGGAAGGCACAAAGUUGGCCGCGACAGCACCGCCACCGAGGUUCAUCUCCAAGGCCGACGCCGACACCGUGCCGUUCGACUACCGCGACCUGGACACCAUCCUUGGCAUGUUCGGCAUUCUUCCGGGCUCCGACAAGGCGUCGCAGGUCGCCGACACCCUCCGCACCUGCCGCAAUCUCGACUCCGGCGAGGACCUCGAGCCACGCACCUGCGCCACCUCCCACGAAGCGGUGGUCGAAUUCGCCGCCUCCGCGCUCGGCACUGCCGGCGGCGGCGCGCCGCGCGCCGCCACCACGAUCGUGCACCACGUGGGCUCGGCGUCGGCGGGCGAGCCUCGCAGGUACGUCGUGGGGCCUGGCGGAGUCACCCAGAUCGGCGGCCACGCGGCGGUGGUGCCCUGCCACCCGAUGCCUUACCCGUACGAGGUGUUCUACUGCCACCGGCCCAGCGACGUGGUGGCGCUGAGGGUUGAGCUCGUCGCCAUGGACGGAGACGACGACGACGCGCUGGCGAUGGGCGCGACCGCCGUCGCCGUCUGCCACACGAACACGACUACCUGGGACGGGCGUUACUUCCACAUGCUCGGUGCAAGUGCAAGGCGCGGCGAGCCAAUAUGCCACUACAUGCCUAAGAGCUAUGUUCUCUGGCUGGCAAACUGA